AUGCCGCCCAAGAGACCCCUUCGCAACGUCUUUGGCGACGCAGACGAUGACGACGACGACCCUUCGCUCUCGUCGACCAAGCCCGCCGUCCCGCAAAAACGCACAAAGACCGGCACACAGCCCGUCAGCAUCAUCCAAGGCCUAGCCUCGUCUAGCAGCAGCGGCAGCGGCAUCAGCACCACCAACAAGAAUGGCGCAGUCCCCGCCUCUGCCCCCUCGUCGGGCACCUCGUCGUCCACGUCCGGCGUCAUGUCCAGCAGCGUACAGGCACAGAUCGAGGCCGCGCGGGCAAGGAUCCAGGCACAGAUGUCCAACCUCGCCGCACGCCCAGCUGGGGUACCUCCCAGCCGUCCUCCUCAGCCCCCCCAGGCCUCGCCAACCGCCGCCACGCCUGCCGUAGCACGGUCCACCCCAGCCGCAGCACCACGACCACCACCCUCGGCUCGACCCGCCGCGCCCGUCCCAUCAUCGCUCGAAGACAUUCAGAGAAAGGUCGCAGAGGCAAAAGCCAGGCUGCUCGCCCAGCAGGGACUGCAGCACGCACAGAGGCCACCCGCAGCUCCCACUUCGACAAUCAGCUCCGCGACCACAGCCCCGCCGCCGUCUGCCAAAUCAGAGACCCCCAAGGCGCCCCCUGGCAUCCACCCUCUGCUUCUCGGCGGCGAUGCUGCCAAGAUUCAGGAACAGGUGCGCUCGGUGGCUCCCAAGUUCGCCUCCCUCCAGGCCAAUGCCCGACCCUCGACCGCGACCAGCGGCACCCGGGGCGCCAACGGGCGUGGCGCUGUCCCGCCUCGAGCCAACCCCUACCUCGCCGACUCCAUCGACGCAGCCGCCUCCGACAGCGGCGCAGAUCAGCCAAAGCCAAAGCCAAAGAGCAUGCACAAGGGUUUCUCCUUCCACCGACCGGGUAGGCACAUCCAGGAGGCCGAAGAGGUGCGCAGGGAGGCACAGAUGGAAGACCUCAAGCGCAGGAUCCAGGAGAGCGCGCGCAAGGCCGGCCUGCAAGACGACCUGGCCGGCGACGAAAAGGUGCUGCAGCGUCUGCCGCCGCCCGACGUCGAGUGGUGGGACAUCGGCCUGCUGCCCAACAAGAGCUACGACGACGUGCCGGACGACGAGGACGUGGCCACCAUGCUCGACAAGGGCAAGGCGCGCGAGACGACCGACGUGGGCGCCUCGACCGCAGCCGCCGUCACUGGGCCGCUGCUUUAUGGCAAGGACUCGCCCAUCGACCCUUACGUCCAGCAUCCGAUCCCGAUUCCAGCGCCCUCGGACCAGAUCAAGGUGGCGCCGGCGGGCGUCCGGCUGACGAAAAAGGAGAUGAAGAAGAUGCGCCGGCAGCGGCGGGCGGCCGAACAGCAGGACAAGCGCGACCGGAUCAAGAUGGGCCUGCUGCCGCCGGACCCGCCCAAGGUGAAGCUGUCGAACCUGAUGCGCGUCCUGACCUCGGAGGCCGUGGCCGAUCCGACCAAGGUCGAGGCGCGGGUGCGGCGCGAGAUCCUGGCGCGCAAGGAGGCGCACGAGCGUGCCAAUGCCGAGCGCAAGCUGACGCCCGAGCAGCGCAAGGAAAAGGCGCUGCGCAAGGUCGAGCAGGACGAGGCCAAGGGGAUCGGGUGCCAGGUGUACCGGAUCAAGCACCUCGUCGCGCCCUGGCACAAGAAAAAGGUGCGGUACAAUGCGCAAGACUACCACCUCACCGGCCUGACCAUCUUCAACCCUUCGUUUGCGCUCGUCAUUGUCGAGGGGGCGUCCAAGGGGCUCAAGGGGUUCAAGCGGCUCAUGACGGUGCGCAUCGACUGGACCGAUCCGGGAAGGAUGAACGACGGCGGCGGCGGCGGCGGCGGCGACGACGACGACGACGAUGGCGGCGGGGGCGAGGGGUCGUCAAAGGCUCAGGUCACGGCAGCGGCGGAUGUGGGGUCAUCGAGCCGACGGGCGCGGUUCGACGAGCUGGCCACGCGCGACGCCUCGGAAGUCGACCUGGCCGAGAACCGGUGCGAGCUCAUCUUCGAGGGCCCGCUGCGCGAGCGCAACUUUGCCAGCGGCUUCCGCGCCGUCGCGUGUCCCAACGACCACUCGGCCAAGGAGGUCCUCGGUCCCAAACUCGAGGGCUACUGGGACCUCGCCCGGCGCUGGGUGCCGCCUGAAGAGGAUGGGCUCUGA